AUGGCUCAAGUACACGGCACUUGCGAUCCCAGGUUUGAGCAAGUCCGUACUCAAUUCCAGCAAUUCAUCGACUCUGGAGAAGAAAUCGGCGCCGCCGUCACUGUCAACAUCGACGGCGAGGAUGUCGUCGACCUGUGGGGCGGUUUUACAGACAAGGAGCGCACACAGCCUUGGGACAGAGACACUAUCGUCACCAUCUUCUCCAUGACGAAAAACAUUCUCAGUCUUGCCAUGCUCAUCCUCGUCGAUCGCGGGGUCCUAUCAAUUACCGACAAAGUCUCCAAGUUCUGGCCCGAGUUCGCUGCUAACGGCAAGGAAAACGUGGAGAUUCGUCACAUCCUCUCUCACACCUCAGGACUUUCCGGCUGGGAAUCUGACAGGCCGCUGACGUUCGAUGAGAUCUGCGAUCUGGACGCUGCCGCUGCCAAACUUGCUGCGCAAGCCCCAUGGUGGGAGCCGGGCACUGCGUCCGGGUACCACUCGUGGACUUUUGGCCACCUGCUCGCUGCAAUCGUCCGCCGUGCCACUGGUUCGACAUUGCAAGAGUUCGUCAUCGAAGAGAUCGUCAAGCCUCUCGGCGCAGACUUUCAGUUCGGAGUCUCCGAGAAAGAUCUGCCCCGAACCACAGAUGUCAUCGCUGUGGCCAUGCCUCCCCUCGGGCCCGGAAUGGGUCCACAGCCUGGUUCCAUCACAGCCAAGUCGAUGAACCCGCUGCCGAUGCCGUUAGACUUUGGCAACGGAGCUGCUUGGCGUCAGGGAAACAUCCUCUCUGGAAGUGGUCACUCAAACGCCCGCGCCGUAAACCGCAUUCUUUCGGCCAUCAGUCUGGGCGGUAGCGUCGACGGCAAGCGCCUACUCUCUCGAGAGACGCUUGACCUUAUUUUCGAGGAGCAAUCCAACGGCGUCGAUCUUGUCAUUGGUGCGCCCUUACGCUUCGGCGUUGGCUUUGCUCUCACCGUGGACGAUGGCCCUGCUGCAUACCUGUCGAAGGGGCGUGUUUGUUUUUGGGGUGGUCUGGGAGGUUCCCUUGCUGUAAUGGAUUUGGACAGGAAAAUGACCAUAACGUAUGUGAUGAACAAAAUGUCAAUGGCGGGCUUGGGAAACAGUGCUGUCAAGUCAUACAUCAAAACGAUUUACGAAGCAUUGGACGAGGCUUGA